AUGAUUGUCUCAGAGAUGCCCAUGUUUCGGUAUAUUAGGGCUCUAACCCUUUGCAUUUUGCUGCUACCUUGCUGGGGUCAAACGAGUCCUAUUCCUUCCUUGGAGGAGCCAUUUUCAGGAGGUCUUGGAGCGAUGGAUGCAUCUUUGCUGGACCAGGAUGAUAAUGUGGAUGUUCAGGAACUUCUAAGCCAGUUCCUCUACGUGUUAAAUUUGACAGAGCAAGAACCAAAGCUGAAGCCCCGGGCUGCCCGCAUUGAGCCACCAGAGUACAUGCUGGAACUGUACAACCACUAUGCUAAAGACCGCAGCACCAGACCUGCAGCAAAUAUUGCACGGAGUUUCAAGAAUGAGGACUCCUCCCCCUGUAGCGUGACAAGAAGAGGUGUAAGGACGCACCCUCUCAUGUUCAAUGUCUCCGUCCCACGUCAUGAGCGCAUUAUUGCUGCCAAGCUCCACCUCUACAUGCUGGUACAUCAAGAUCCUCAAUGCAACAAUGGCGUUGAUUGGAAGGUAACAGUUUUCGAGAGGCAAGGGGAAGGCGGUCCGUCACUUCAGCCUUUUGAGGGUGGAACAAGAGAGGACAAUUUGACUGGUAUGCAAGAGCUGGUGGUCAGGCACGGCCAGCUCAAAGAAAGUGGAUGGGAGGUGUUCGAUCUGACUGAUGCAGUUCUACGCUGGAGAGACCUUGAGAGUACGAGCCACUGGCUUGAGCUGCAGGUCGAAAGUGAGAAUGAGAGUGAGCUACAGGAUGAAGACCAGAGCGCUAGUUUAAUCAGUCUGGACAUUGAAAAGAGUGUGGGAGGAAAGCAUGAACCAGUGAUAAUCGUUUUCUCAGAUAACGAAAAUGAUCAGGACCAGUCAAAGAAGAUGAUCCCAGAAGACAACAUUGGCCUGUUAGAGCUCAAUGAAUUGUCAGUGAAUGAAAGGGAUGACAGCAGCAAACAACAAAAUGAGGCCAUUUUAAUGCAAAUGCGCUCUAAUAUGAUCUACGACAGCGCGCCGCGAACUCGCCGCAACGCAAAAGGAAACCAUUGCAAGAGGACUGCGCUCUAUGUAGAUUUUAAAGAGAUUGGCUGGGACUCAUGGAUCGUUGCACCGCCAGGCUUCGAGGCCUACACGUGUCAUGGGGAGUGCAAUUAUCCAUUACUUCCGCAAGUGACUCCCACCAAGCACGCCAUUAUCCAAACACUGGUCAACUUGAAGAGCCCUCAGAAAGUCACCCGAGCAUGUUGCGUGCCCACCAAGCUGGAACCAAUCUCUCUGCUGUAUGAAAAUGAGAAUGGCCAUGUCAUUUUCCAGCACAAAUACGAGGGCAUGGUGGUGGCAGAGUGCGGCUGCAGAUGA